UGAUGUAAACUCUGCAGACGAAAUUGCAUGUGACAAGGGGUGACUGUUUACGGCACUUCAGACAAGAGAGGGGGCAAAAAUAGCAAGAUGUUGUUCAUCGUCGGUGCACUCUCGCUUUUUAGUGUUGUUUUUGCAGAUACACCCGCAAAUUGUACAUAUGAAGACAUCCAAGGACGGUGGCUGUUUCAAAUAGGAGACAGGGGGCACGACAAUACUGUUAAUUGUGAUUCGGUUGGAAAAGUGGAAACAAAUGUGUAUUUGACACUGAAAUUUCCUGACCUAGCAACAGAUGAUGAAGGCAACGAAGGGUUCUGGACAUUGAUUUAUAAUCAGGGAUUUGAAGUCAGAAUUGAAGGAAGGAAGUACUUUGCAUUUUCUGCUUAUGAGAAGAAUGGAAAGAAUGUAACAAGUCAUUGUGGGAAAACAAUGCCGGGCUGGACUCAUGAUGUUAUGGACAGAAACUGGGCGUGUUUCCAGGGACAAAAAGUCACACCUGUCCCCCCAAAACACCAUCAAAUGCCAGAACAACAUUCUGUGGAACUUCUUCAACAACUGAAGUUCAGAACUAAUUAUGACUUCAUUGACCAAAUAAAUAAGAAGCAGAGUCUGUGGAAGGCCACAGCCUACAGGGAUAUGGAGGACAUGACUCUGGAGGACCUGGUCAGGAGAGCAGGGGGCAGGAAAUCCAAAAUCAUCGGGAUUCCAAAACCUGCACCAGUUAGUGAAGAAGUAAAGAGAACAGCUGAUAAACUUCCAGAAAUCUUUGAUUGGAGGACAACUGGGUUUGUCUCCCCCGUCAGAAAUCAAGGUGGAUGUGGUAGUUGCUAUGCUUUUUCAGCCAUGGGGAUGAAUGAAGCCCGCUGGAGGUUGCGAACUAACAAUACAGAGCAGCCUGUAUUUUCUCCACAGGACAUUGUGGAAUGUAGUGAAUAUUCUCAAGGCUGUGACGGGGGAUUUCCGUACCUUAUUGGAGGGAAGUAUGCAGAGGACUUUGGAAUUGUGGACGAGAAGUGUAACCCAUACAAAGGAAAAGACGGAAAAUGUUCUACAGACAAAAGCUGUCCUCGUCAGUAUUCAUACAAUUACCAGUAUAUUGGAGGAUUUUAUGGAGGAUGCAAUGAAGAACUGAUGAAGAUAAAUUUGGUGAAGAACGGACCUUUGUCAGUUGCCUUUGAGGUGUACAGUGAUUUCUUCCACUACAAGGGCGGCGUUUAUGUGCACACGGGACUCCAGGAGAAGUUCAACCCCUUCGAGAUCACGAACCAUGCGGUGCUCUUGGUUGGUUAUGGUGUGGAUGCAGCCACUGGUGUCAAGUUCUGGACAGUGAAGAACUCAUGGGGGACACAGUGGGGGGAGGACGGCUACUUCAGGAUCAGGAGGGGUACCGAUGAGUGCUCCAUCGAAAGCAUCGCAGUACAGUCAUUCCCACUCUAUUAAAUACAGUCACUCAGAAAAUAAUUACCUAUAUUCAAAAUAGUUAUGAAUUUUUAAAAAUAAUGUAGACCUUCUGUUCUAGUCAAGGACUGCUACUCAAAGAUUUUUCUCAUUUGAUAUGUACCAGAAAAUAUAUUAGUAUUUAUAAUGUAUAUUUUGCCCUCUUUUUAAUGUGAAAUUGAUAAAAGAUGUAUAUUCUCCUGGGUCAGGAACCCAGUUCUUGUAAACAUUUAAAAAAUCUUGCACUUCCAACCAUUUUAUAAUUAUUCAGGUGUUUUUUAUACAAAAUGCCUUGUGAAUGAAGAGAUACUCAGUAAAGGGAUGUACUUGAGUUUCAUUCUCAGUGUGAUACAUGUAUAAUCAAUACUACUCCCAAAGUUGCAAUUUGUAACCCUCUAAAAGGGUUGUAUAUGUUUGUAUUAUUUACAUUUCAUAACAACUGAUUGAUUCAUGGAGGCUUUUUUUUUACAGUCAUUUAUAUCUUAUUACUGUUAAAAUCAAAAUAUUCAAUACUGUAUUUUUUCGGUGUCUAACAUUCCAUUCCUUAGGUUUGUCUGUUGGAUUGACCACUACCCAUGCCAGUAGAUGUAACAUUGUGAUUGAGAGCUCAGAUGUUUCACGUUUUUUGUUUACAUAUACCGGUAUUAUCUGUAUUUGAUUUUCUAAUGAUUUGCUGUGAUGACAAGAUGCAAUAACUAUGAUAUUGAUGGAAUCAACUUUUAUUUUGAUUCAAGAUUCAAGAUUAGAUAACCACGCAUCUAUUAUUUUGUGAUGACAUUUUUCAGUUCAUUCAUAAAUAUAUGUCUAUUUUUUCCUCCAUUAAAGAAUAAAUUGAU